AUGGCAAGACCCUCGGCUGACAUACUAACCAAGGUGUCCACCGAAGGUGCAACCGACUUUGUACAAGCCUACCACGCUGCCCUCUCAUGGAACAAAAACUCCAUCGCCAAAUUUUACCACGCAACGCCAACCAAUAUUCUGUUCAACGGAAACGUCAUUGCGGACGGCGCCGCCGUCGAGGAGAUUUUCACAAACCAACUACCGUCAGCUCGCUAUGAGAUACAAUCUGUGGACUGCCAAAUCAUCAAUAAAUCCUACCCUGUUACAACACCUGCUGAGACCAGCUCCAAAUCAGCCACCAAGAAUAUUUCGAUUCUGGUGGUCGUCAGUGGAUAUGUGCAAUACGGUGAAAAGGAUGCGCCGCAACAUGGGUUCAGUGAGACGUUUGUCUUGAUACCGAAUACGGAAGGAAAGGAGAAAAACAAGCGGGACUGGGUGAUUCAAAGCCAGAAUUUCCGACUGGUGGUUUGA